CAAAUAAACUAAAAAAAAAUGACUCCCAAUGUUACAGAAUCAUCAACUCUUUCUGAAGAAGAACUUAAGAACUUCGAUCUAAAGAAAUUAGUUCUUGAAAAUGGUGACUAUACAAUUUUUCCUGAUGUGGAGUAUCCACCUUUGGUUUCUUUUGAACAUGACGACCCUGGAAAGCGUGCUGAUCCAAACAUGACUUCUCUUUUUGAAAAGGCUACUAAAAUUGAAAAACUGACACCAAAGUUGGGUACUGUUAUUUAUGGUUUACAAUUAUCUGAACUUACUGAUCAGCAAAAGGAUGACCUUUCUCUUUUAUGUGCCUUACGGGGUGUUGUAUUCUUCAAGAAACAAAACAUAACUCCUUAUCAAUUUGUUCAACUUGGAAAAUACUUUGGUCCUUUACACGUCCAUAAUGCUUUUGGUCAUCCACCUCAUUUUCCUGAAAUCUCCACCAUUUACUAUGAUCGCAAAUCGGCAGUAAUUCAAGAAAAGUUUAGAUAUUAUCGAUCAUCAGAUGCUUGGCAUAGUGAUAUUUCUUUUGAAGAACAACCUGGAAGUUUAUCCUUUUUGAAAAUUGAUACUCUUCCUUCUGUUGGAGGUGACACUACUUGGGCAGAUGGUUAUGCAGCUUAUGACAAAUUAACACCUACCAUGCAGCGUAUUGUAGAUGGAUUGGAAGUGGAACAUACUGGGGAAUAUCAUCGUCAAUUGGCAGCAGCAAAAGGAACCAAAAUUAGAAGACCUUUUAUUGAUCAUGUGCAUCCUUUAGUUCGUACUCAUCCUCUUACUGGAAUGAAAUCACUCUACUUAUCACCCAUCUUUACCUCUCGUAUUGUUGGUCUCUCCUUGCAUGAAUCCGAAGCCAUCUUGAAACUUCUUAACGAUCAUGUUAUUGGUGGUCAUGAUUUCCAAGUCAGAUACAAAUGGGAAGAAGAUGAUGUUGCUGUAUGGGAUAAUCGGUGCUGUGUACAUAAUGCUAUUGUUGAUUAUUUUGAUGAAGGACUACGUCAUGGAUAUCGUGUGACUCCUCAAGGUGAACGACCAUUCUAUGAUCCAUCGAGCAAGUCUCGUCGUCAAAUGGAACAAGAAAAGGCUGCCAAUGGAAACAAUUAGUGAUGAUCUUCUUAGCAAUUACUUACGUAUCUUUACAGUUAUAGUUGUUUGAUACAGUGUGUAGUUUAUCAUACUUUCUGUCUCUUAUCUUUUUUUUUUUUUAAGAAAUAAACUAUCUGAUUGAUCAC